CCGGCCCGGCCCGGCCCGGCCCCGACGCGGAUAGGGAGCGAGCAGCCGCCGCGGGAGCCGGAGCGCGGCUCACCCCGUCGCAGCAGCUAUGGGCUCCCUGCAGCAGCGCUUCGAGAGCUUCCUCCACCAGCCCAGCCUGCUCACCGACCUGCUGGGCCGGCUGGAGGCCAAGACCGGCGUCAAGCGCUACUAUCUGGCCACAGGUACCAUCGCGUUCCUGGGGCUGUACCUCCUGUUUGGAUAUGGCGCCUCGCUGCUGUGUAACCUCAUUGGCUUUGUCUACCCAGCCUACGUCUCCAUCAAAGCCAUUGAAAGCACCAACAAGGACGAUGACACCAUGUGGCUCACGUACUGGGUGGUAUAUGGAGUCUUCAGUGUGGCAGAGUUUUUUUCAGACACCUUCCUCUACUGGUUCCCGUUUUACUAUGCUGGAAAGUGCCUGUUCCUGGUCUGGUGCAUGGCACCCAUCUCCUGGAAUGGCUCCCAGGUGUUGUACCAAAAUGUCAUCCGGCCCUGCUUCCUGAAGCACCACCAGACAGUAGAUCACGUGCUCAGUGACCUGAGUGGCAAGGCGCUCGACACUGCUUCGACAGUCACCAGAGAAGUUCUCCAUGCGCUGGCCAACAGCAGAGCCCGUCUGGUGUCCGAGGGGGCCACAGCUCAGCUUGUCUCAUCCAAAGCAGCAGUGCACCUUGGUCUAGAAUCUGACAAGACCAAGUGAGGACAGAGCUCCAAGGCGCCGGCUGUUCUGAGUUUCCCAAUACAACUCCCUAAACCAAAGGCUUGAAGUAACCCACGGGCACCCGUCAAUAAACCAGUGAUUCCCCUUCCCACUCUGAAACCACACUGGCCAGUAGCAACAGCAAGCAACUGGCUCUAAGCUGUCUAAGAAGUACACCUUCCAGAUCUCCCCAAACUUAAAGAGCUCCAGCAGAUCUAAAAUUAUGGCCAGGCACUUGCUGGGAGUCAGCACCUAGGCACGGUGGGACCUUCUGAUCUCAAAUAGAGAGACAAUUUGGUAGUUCCUGUUUUGCAGGCAGCCUUUAUUCUGCAGGAAGGCUGUCAGCUCUGCACUAGAUCACAGGGGCUGCUGGUGCAUUUUCCCCAAUCGUGUUUUAUGAGGUAGAGCACAGAUUGGAGGGGGAGGCAGGCCCCUGGAGCUAGCCUGAGACCCGCCCUUCUAGUAUUUUUGUGGCCUGAGCUUAGGUGUAGAAUCAUGAUGCAGUAUAACUCCCGGCUAUAAAGCCUUCAAGCCCCCAUCCUGUUUCCCCCACCCCCAGGCUACACAGUCAUCCUAACGCAGGAUACUUUGCAAUAAACCACAGCACAAAAGGGAGAAGGAAGUGGGUUCUGUAGCCACUGGCUCUUCAGCUGUCAAUCCCACAGGUUGUUUUUCUGUCUCUGGCUUGUUCAGUUUUCACUUCAGCAGGCUCGGGUCCAGCCCUAGAGCAGGCAGCUCUUCUCUUCCCCUCGCACGCCCCGGCCUUGUGCUGCCCCUCUCUGAAGACAGGGGCCAAGCUUCUGGUAAACAACAAAGCUGGGAGAGGGACGGGUUUGCGAACAAUGCUGGCUGACACAGAAGGAUGUUCAUGCCUGGCUUCAAGGGGAGGGAGUUCCAGACUAUUCACUCUUCUGCAAUUGCUAGCAAUAGCAACACCACAGAAGUUGCUGCUCUGCUUUGUGAUCAUAAAACGAACCACAGCGGUGUGUCCUGUGGGGGCUGCAGGGAGCUGUACGGGGGCAGCGGAGGUGGGGAAUUAACAUGCACAUGAAGCUGUUACCUCCAGGGAGAUCCUGCGAUCCACAGAAACGUUCAGAUCUUUAAUCCUUUUGAAGGAGGAAAAAGGCAGCAGUACUGCGUGACUUUGGAAAUGCUGACUCACGUUUUUUUAACCCUCUGCUGGCACUUCCCUGCUAGCGGUUACGCAGCUGACCGAACGUCCAUACCAGUUCAGAGUCUGCCUCUGCCCGAAUCCCAGCACUGAGUGCAGCUCCAGGAAGGGGUCCCUAGGGAGUUUUUUGGUCUCACCCAGGCAACAGCAGUGCAAUAGGGGACAGGUGGCCUUUGCGGGGAGGGGGAAGUUAGCACCAACUUGUGAGCAGCACGCACUCCAUAGCCUGCGGGCCUGCAGCUGUGCUUCCAUCCUAGCAGGCUGCUUUGGCAAUCAUACAUGUCCUGGCAGUCUGGUUAGGUGUUGGCUCUGCAGUUCACUUCCAGAACUGGACAAGGCAGGGUCUUCCAGUAGGGUGCGUGCUGUGGGCAGGAUGCUUUCAGGGCAUGUUUGCUUUCCAGUGCUUUGGCAUCCGGCUUUUGCUAGCUUUGACAUCUUUCACUAAGCCAACAAGCUGUAACUUAACUUGGACCAAAUCUUAAUCCUGUUUGAGCUUGGAAAACCCUGAUUUUAGGCUGCCCCUUGCUCCCUCCACACUUCAGACCCUGAACUCUAGCAUGUCUGCGUUCUGCUUGCAAUUCACCAUCUCCCUCCUCUUUAGAAAAUAAAAUGUUAAUGUCUCUAAUUUACUUCAUCAGAUCCUGGCAGGGGGCAAUCUCAACAAGCUGUGAAUUCUGUAGGGAGCAACAGGCUUCCCUUUGUCCUCAGUGGUAACUCCAUCAAGGUACAGCAGUUCAUGUACUGGCUGCUUUUUUAUUUAAAAAAAAAAAAAAAUUGCUCAUAACGGGAUUCUCUCCCCCCCCCCCCUCAUUUGUAUUCAUUUAUUUUGUUUGAAACCGAAUAAAUGUGACUCAAACUCG